AUGACCAGGUCUGCUGGACAGUUCCAAUUAGUGCUUCCUGACCCUGAGAUAGAAAGAACACUCCACGCACGCAAAAGGCUCAACCGAGCUAACAGCGUGCAUUCCGGUAACAUUGAUUCUAACCCUAUAUCUGAUUCUGAGCCUGACUACUUGCAUAACUUGUUUGCUUCGGAUUCUGAACUUGAUUUUGAAAUGGCUGAUAAUAGAACAUUAAGGCAAUUAGCUGCUCCUGAUGUGAAUUAUAAUGGCUUGUGUAUUGAAUAUGAUGCUGCUGCUGUUCCUUUUGAAUUAAAAUCAGGUUUAAUACACUUGUUGCCCAAGUUUAGUGGUCUUGCAGGUGAGGAUCCGCACAAACAUCUGAAAGAAUUCCAAGUAGUGUGUUCUACACCACUUAAGCCUGAAGGGAUCACUGAAGAUCACAUCAAACUUCGAGCUUUUCCUUUUUCAUUGCAGGGUGCAGCGAAGGAUUGGAUAUAUUAUCUCGAGCCAAACUCAAUUGCAAGCUGGACUGCCCUGAAAAAAGUGUUCUUAGAAAGAUAUUUUCCUGCUUCCAGAGCUGCCUCAAUAAGAAAGGAGAUUUGUGGCGUUAGACAAGGUAAUGAGUCGCUGACCGAGUAUUGGGAGAGGUUCAAACACUUGGUAUCUAGCUGCCCUCAACACCAGAUUACCGAGCAACUCCUCAUCCAAUACUUUUAUGAGGGGUUGUUACCGAUGGACAGGAACAUUCUUGAUGCGGCUAGUGGUGGAGCACUAGUCGAUAAAACUCCAGCCGCUGCCAAAGCCCUCAUUGAAAACAUGUCUCUUAAUUCUCAACAGUUUACCACUAGAGACAAUUCUGUUAAAAGCGUGAAUCAAAUUCAGGUUUCUUCCAACAAAGCUCUAGAGACUAGGCUUGACGACCUCACCACCUUAGUCAAACAGUUGGCAUUAGUGAAACCUCAAACAACAACUUUGUGCGGUAUUUGUACCUCUCCUGAGCACCCAACCGACACCUGUCCCAUUCUGAAAGACGAGUCCAUUACUGAUCUGCCACAAGCUUAUGCAGCCAACCUGUACAACCAAAACAGAUACAACAACACUCCUGACCUGUCCACCAACAAAUAUCACCCCAGUUGGAGGAACCAUCCCAACCUUCGAUAUGGAAACCCACAAACAAGCCAACAACAGAAUCCACCUCAAGCUAUUGCCUCUGCACCUUCCGGACCAUCCUUGGAGGAUCUUGUUAAACAAAUGUCCGUGAACAACCUCCAGUUCCAACAAAGGACCGAUGCUAGCAUUCAGACCUUGAACACACAGAUGGGACAGCUUGCUACUCAAUUAAAUAACAUGCAAGCUCAAGGUUCAAAUCAACUUCCAGCCCAGACAGUCGUCAAUCCGAAUGUUCCAAAUGCCAAUGUGAGCACUAUUUCUUUGAGGUCCGGAAAGAUUAUAGAACCUGCCCCUGAAAAAGGUAAAAAAAUCAUUGAGGUAACUUCUGAACCUUCUCCUUCUGAACUUUCUCCUGCUGUGGCCGAAACUGAAAAAAAUAAAGAAAAAGAGUAUGUGCCACCAGUCCCCUUCCCACAUAGAGUUCUGAAAAACAAAAGAAUUGAGGAGGAAGAUAAAGAAAGAGAGAUAUUGGAUGUUUUCCGAAAAGUUGCGGUAAACAUUCCGCUACUUGAUGUUAUAAAGCAGGUUCCCAAGUAUGCUAAGUUUCUGAAGGAUUUGUGCACCAACAAGAGGAGGAUUAAGGGAAGUGAAAGAGUGAACCUAGGACGAAAUAUUUCUUCCUUUAUUCAGCCCAAACAGCCCAAACAAUCAUCUGAAGGGGUUGUAGGCGAGCAAAAUGUUUCAGCCCUCACUACUCAGGUUCUGCCACAAAAGCAGAAGGAUCCGGGAACAUUUGCUAUUCCUUGUACCAUCGGGGAUAGUAAAUUUGAGAACUGCAUGCUUGAUUUGGGAGCGGGCAUUAAUGUUAUGCCUACUUCUGUUUAUAAUAACCUUUGUCUUGGCCCUUUGCAGCAUACAGGUUUAAUCAUUCAAUUGGCGAACAGGAGCAACGCUCGACCCGCCGGGGUUGUCGAAGAUGUUCUUGUUCAAGUUAACGAUUUGAUCUUUCCUGCAGAUUUUUAUAUUUUAGACAUGGAAGGAGAAACCAGGACAAGCAGAGCUCCCAUUAUUUUAGGCAGACCGUUCAUGAAAACGGCGAAAACGAAAAUUGAUGUUGACGAUGGAACCAUGUCCAUGGAAUUUGGUGACAUUGUCGCAAAAUUCAACAUUUUUGAUGCCAUGAAACAUCCCUUGGAGGAGCAUUCCGUUUUUCACAUUGAGUUAAUCUCUGGAUUAGUUGAUGACACUUGUUCUGAAUUAUUUUCCAUUGAUUUUCCUUCUCUCGCUGGUUUUGAUGAUAUUUAUUUAUGUUCUGAUUGUACUGACACUAACCUUUGUGUUGUAUGUGCUGAGAUUGAUGUUGCCCUGCAGGCUGAUACAUUUCCUACAAGUGAAAUUGUUACCGAUGAAGCUGUUUUUGCAGUUGAUGCUCUUGAUAUCCCGGCUGCCCCAAGCAUUCCAUCCAUCGAGCAGCCCCCGUCCUUAGAGCUAAAAGUGCUCCCCGAGAACCUGAAAUAUGCUUACUUGGAGAGUAAUGAAAAACUACCUGUUAUUAUCUCUUCUAACCUUGAUUUCGAUCAAGAACACAAACUUUUGCAGGUUCUGAAGAAGCACAAGAAAGCAAUCGGGUGGACAUUAGCCGACCUUCCAGGUAUUAGUCCAUCGAUGUGCAUGCACAGGAUUCUACUUGAGGAUGGAUCCAAAACAGUAAGGCAGCCCCAAAGGAGGCUUAAUCCUUUGAUUCUUGAUGUUGUGAAGAAGGAGGUAACCAAACUCUUGCAAGCAGGUAUAAUUUAUCCUAUUUCUGACAGUAAGUGGGUAAGCCCAGUGCAGGUUGUACCUAAGAAAUCUGGACUUACAGUGGUGAAAAAUGAAAAAAAUGAACUUGUUCCCACUAGAGUUCAGAACAGCUGGCGGGUUUGUAUUGAUUACAGGAGAUUGAACCAGGCUACGAGAAAGGAUCACUUCCCUUUACCGUUCAUUGACCAAAUGCUUGAACGGCUAGCUGGUAAAUCACAUUAUUGUUUUCUUGAUGGUUUUUCAGGUUAUUUUCAGAUUCAUAUUGCACCGGAAGAUCAAGAGAAGACCACUUUUACUUGUCCCUUCGGUACUUUUGCUUACAGGAGGAUGCCCUUUGGUCUUUGCAAUGCUCCUGGCACUUUCCAGCGAUGCAUGAUUAGCAUUUUUUCUGAUUUUAUUGAAAACUGCAUGGAAGUCUUUAUGGACGAUUUCACUGUCUAUGGUUCUUCUUUUGAUGCAUGCUUGAACAGUUUAAACUUGAUAUUAGAAAGAUGCAUCGAGACUAACCUUGUUUUAAAUUAUGAAAAAUGUCAUUUUAUGGUUGGGCAGGGAAUUGUUCUUGGUCACAUUAUUUCUGAAAAAGGAAUUUCUGUUGACCCUGCUAAGAUUGAUGUGAUUUCUACACUGCCUUACCCUUCUUGCGUUCGCGAGAUUCGUUCUUUUCUUGGUCAUGCAGGUUUUUACAGGCGUUUCAUCAAGGAUUUCAGCAAGAUAGCUCUUCCGCUGUCAAACUUGUUGAAGAAUGACGUUACUUUCAGCUUCGAUGACAAGUGCAAACAAGCGUUUGACUUCUUGAAGAAAGCAUUGACCUCCGCUCCCAUAAUCCAGCCCCCUGACUGGACCCUCCCUUUUGAGCUUAUGUGUGAUGCUUCUAAUUAUGCUGUUGGAGCUGUUCUUGCACAAAGAAUUGACAAGGCUUCCCAUGUUAUUUACUAUGCUUCUAGGACUUUAGAUUCUGCACAGUCAAAUUACACUACCACUGAAAAAGAACUGCUAGCUAUUGUUUUUGCUCUUGAUAAAUUCAGAUCUUAUUUGCUAGGUUCCAAGGUUGUUGUUUUUACUGACCAUGCAGCUUUGAAGUACUUGCUGAAGAAGCCGGAUGCAAAACCGAGAUUGAUCCGAUGGAUGUUGUUGCUCCAAGAGUUUAAUGUAGAGAUUAAAGACAAAAGUGGAGCUGAGAACUUAGUGGCUGACCACUUGAGCAGGAUAGAGAGAGAUGAAGAUCCUUUUCCUGUUCAGGAUGACUUUCCUGAUGAGCAGUUGUUUCUUUUACAUGGUAUUACACCUUGGUUUGCUGACAUUGUUAAUUUUCUUGUUGCUGGUGUUUUUCCUACAGGUGCAUCGAGAUCACAGGUUCUUAAACUCAAGAGUGAUGCCAAAUAUUAUGUUUGGGAUGAUCCAUAUCUAUGGAAGUUUGGUAGUGAUCAGGUAAUCAGAAGAUGUGUCCCCGACAAUGAGAUUGAAUCUAUUUUGAAAUUUUCUCAUGCAUCUCAAGUCGGUGGACACUUUGGUCCGCAAAGAACUGCGAGAAAAGUACUCGAUUCAGGUUUCUAUUGGCCAACUAUUUUUAAGGAUGCUUAUGAGACUUACCGCACUUGUAAAGAGUGCCAAAUAGCAGGUACAAACAUCACUCGCAAGAGUGAAAUGCCUCAGCAGCCUAUGCUUUUCUGUGAGGUUUUUGAUGUAUGGGGAAUUGACUUCAUGGGUCCCUUUCCCGUAUCAUUUGGUUUUCUUUAUAUUUUGCUUGCUGUUGAUUAUGUUUCAAAGUGGGUGGAAGCUAUCCCCACUAGGACUAAUGAUUCUAGAGUUGUUGCAGAUUUUGUCAGGUCUAAUAUCUUUUGUAGGUUUGGAAUACCGCGAGCUAUCAUCAGUGACCAAGGCACUCAUUUCUGCAACCGCACCAUGGAAGCUUUGCUCCGAAAGUAUGGAGUUGUGCACAGAGUCUCUACUGCAUAUCACCCACAGACGAAUGGGCAAGCUGAGAUCUCAAACAGGGAGAUCAAACAGGUUUUAGAGAAAAUGGUGCAGCCAAACAGGAAGGACUGGAGUCGUCGUCUAGAAGACGCACUUUGGGCUCAAAGAACAGCUUUCAAGACACCCAUUGGGAUGUCUCCUUAUCGACUUGUUUUUGGUAAGGCAUGCCAUCUUCCUGUUGAGGUAGAACACCGUGCUUAUUGGGCGGUGAAAAGUUGUAAUUUUGAGUUGCAACAAGCAGGUAUUGAAAGAAAACUCCAAUUACAACAGCUGGAAGAGCUUAGAUUAGAGGCUUAUGAAAGCUCUAGGAUUUAUAAAGAGAAAACUAAGCACUUCCAUGAUAAAAUGAUUUCUAGGAAGGAAUUUUCUGUGGGCCAACAGGUUUUAUUGUUUAACUCCCGCCUUAAGCUUAUGGCUGGGAAACUUCGAUCCAAAUGGAUUGGCCCCUUUGUUGUUACUAAUGUUUUUCCUUCUGGUGCUAUAGAAAUAAAAAGUACAGGUACCGGCAAAGUCUUCAAAGUAAAUGGACAGCGGCUAAAGCUGUUCCAUGACAGUUCGAUGCCUAAUAUAGCACCUGUUGAAGAGCUCUCCUUGGACGAGCCGUCCUACACCCCAGCCGCUACACCUUAG